CAGCUCCGGACCAUGGUCCGUCAUACCACCUGUAUCAUGAGCAUCCCUUCCACUGCCAGCAUUGAGAGCCAGCUGCCCACAACAUGGAGCUCCUACCCCUGCCCAGACAGUGAGGACUUGUUUGGUUGCUCAAUGGCUCAUUUAGUAAAUUGGUCUGCUGGUUUAAUUAUUUACAAGUACCUGGGCUAGCCAGAGUUCACAUUUUUCACAACACCCCCAGCACACUCGAAACGCACCAAACCUCUACCUUCACCCCUGAACCCAGUUUCCACAGUGAUGCCUGGUUACACCUGUCACCUGUGGUCCCAGGACUCUCAGCCUCAGUAUUGGUCAAAGUACCUGGUGUGGCAGUGGCUACAGCAGAUGUUGGACAUGCACCAGAUCGACGCUGCCAGCAUCCCCUUCCAGAACUUUGACGUGGACGGCCAUCAGCUGUGCAGCAUGACCUACCAGGACUUCACACGUGCCGCAGGCACCGUGGGGCCUAUCCUCUACCACAGCCUCAACGAGCUCAAAUGGAGCGGUGGGUUCACACAUUGGACAAGGCUGUAACGUCCUCUGUUAUUGUUAGUGUCUUAUGUUUAAAAGAAUGGAGGCCAGGUCUGGCUAUGUAUUGUAAAAACAUACUGUUAGUGAUAAAUUAGGUCUUCAGAUGUUUAAAUGUAGUAUUUCAUUAAAACACUAUUUGAGUCAGUUAGAAAACCACAAACAAACAGGAACAGACAGUUGAACCAGUGUAGGGUGGAAGGAUCAAGGAUUUAAGAUUUCAUCAUCAAGUUUGACUACAUGCAGCACAAAACAAAAAGGGUGUUGUUAAUGUAAGUGUAAUGACAAUUCCCUUAAAUGACCUCUUGUUUCUCCAUGUCAUCCCUACACAGGACAGUAUCCUGGUGUGGCGUUUUCACCGCUGGACGUUAUCAAAUCAGAGCCAGAUGGUAAGAGCUGUCAAAGCAAACAAACCCAGAGAGGAUGUAGUACAUUGUGUUUCACUCGUCCUUUAUUCAAAAUGCACUGUUGCGUGCUUAUAAAAUGAAUAAUUCAUAAAGUUAUAGAAUAUAUACAAUGUUUCAGACCCUUGUAGAGAACGGGGAGUCUAUAGAAUCUGUGAGACUCUAGGUCAGGGUUCCCCAACUGGCGGCCCUCUUGCUGAAUUUGGUCUGCAGGUGGUUUUAUUUGGCCCCAAGCAAAGAAAUACAAAAAAUUAUAAUAAUGUUUUGUUGAAUUUUCAUUGAUGGACAUAAAAGACUGUAAAACCAACAGGAAAUCAGCUCCAAGCUAUUUUAAUUUUGGAAAUCUGUUCCCAAGUAUUCACACGCAUAAUAGAUAGACAUAUGUGAUCGUAUACAAAUAAUUUUAAUUAAUAACAAUUGAUUGGAUUUAUAAAGCACUUUUCUACCAACUGAGUUACUCAAAGCGCUUUACAUACAGUAGUAGGGGGAAACUCCCCUCAUCCACCAUCAAUGUGUAGCACCCACCUCAGUGAUGCACGGAACUCUCCCCACACACCAACUAUCAGGUGGAGAGGUGAGGACUGAUGUAUGCCAAUUAGGAAAGAGGAGGAUGAUUAGGUGGCCAUGAUGGAAUGUGGCCAGGUUGGGAAUUUAGACAUAACACCGGGGUGAACACCCCUACUCUUACAAUAAGCGCCAUGGGAUUUUGAAUGACCACAGAGAGUCAGGACACCCGUUUUAACGUCCUAUCCUAAAGACGGCACCAUACGCAGGAAAAUGUUCCCAAAUGUAAUCAAGGUUUGAAAUUAUUAUGUUUUAGACAAAUAUUAUAUAUGUUUGGGCUUCUUGUGUUCAAUCUGCAGUCCAAAAAUAUACAGUACCAGUCAAAAGUUUGGACACACCUACUCAUUCAAGGGGUUUUCUUUAUUUUUACUAUUUUCUAUAUUGUAGAAUAAUAGUGAAGACAUCAAAACUAUGACAUAACACAUAUGGAAUCAUGUAGUAACAAAAAAAAUGUAAACAAAUCAAAAUACAUUUUCUGUUUUAGAUUCUUCAAAGUAGCCAUCCUUUGCCUUGAUGACAGCUUUGCACACUCUUGGCAUUCUCUCAACCAGCUUCACCUGGACUGCUUUUCCAACAGUCUUGAAGGAGUUCCCACAUAUGCUGAGCACUUGUUGGCUGCUUUACCUUCACUCUGCGGUCCAACUCAUCCCAAACCAUCUCAAUUGGGUUGAGGUCAGGUGAUUGUGGAGGCCAGGUCAUCUGAUGCAGCACUCCAUCACUCUCCUUCUUGGUCAAAUAGCCCUUACACAGCCUGGAGGUGUGUUUUGGGUCAUUGUCCUGUUGAAAAACAAAUGAUAGUCCCAUUAAGCGCAAACCAGAUGGGAUGGUGUAUCGCUGCAGAAUGCUGUGGUAGCCAUGCUGGUUAAGUGUGCCUUGAAUUCUAAAUAAAUCACUGACAGUCUCACCAGCAAAGUACCCCACACCAUCACACCUCCUCCUCCAUGCUUCACGGUGGGAACCACACAUGCAGAGAUCAUCCGUUCACCUACUCUGCGUCUCACAAAGACACGGCAGUUGGAACCAAAAAUCUCAAAUUUGGACUCAUCAGACCAAAGGACAGGUUUCCACCGGUCUAAUGUACGUUGCUCGUGUUCCUUGGCCCAAGCAAUUCUAUUCUUCUUAUUGGUGUCCUUUAGUAGAGGUUUCUUUGCAGCAAUUUUCCGUAUUGACUGACCUUUAUGUCUUAAAGUAAUGAUGGACUGUCGUUUCUCUUUGCUUAUUUGAGCUGUUCUUGCCAUAAUAUGGACUUGGUCUUUUAACAAAUAGGGCUAUCUUCUGUAAAUCACCCUUACCUUGUCACAACACAACUGAUUGGCUCAAAUGCAUUAAGAAGGAAAGAAAUUCAACAAAUUAACUUUUAACAAGGCACACCUGUUAAUUGAAAUGCAUUCCAGGUGACUACCUCAUGAAGCUGGUUGAGAGAAUGCCAAGAGUGUGCAAAGCUGUCAUCAUGGCAAAGGGUGGCUAUUUGAAGAAUCUCAAAUAUAUUUUCAUUUAUUUAACACUUUCUGGUUACUACAUGAUUCCAUGUGUGUUAUUUCAUAGUUUUGAUGCCUUAACUAUUAUUCUACAAUGUAGAAAAUAGUAAAAAUAAAGAAAACCCCUUGAAUGAGUAGGUGUGUCCAAACUUUGGACUGGUCCUCUAUAUUUAUAAAAGAUUGGCCUGCGGCUGAAUCUAGUUGAUGAUCCCUGUUCUAGACAAACAUUGGGAUGCACGAAUGCACAUUGGGAUGCAUGAGUAAUGUACUUAAAGUCAUCCCAUACAAGCCCAUCCAGUCAUGACAUAGGCCUAUCUAUGCAUGUCUCAACAUGUUUGACAGUAGUUAAAAGAUGAAGUAAGUUAAACCUAGUUCUUGAUUUCACUAAACUCUUGAGAGGUUACUUUAUGCCUCUAAGUAAAUGUAAGCUUUAUGUCCUCUCCUCAUAGAUUUUCCGUGUCCAUUCUCAGAACCUAGCAUCUAUCCUGCAGGUAGGUACCACAUUGGAAUGGAUAGUAGAGACUUACAAAUUCAACAUUUUAACUAACUUACGGACAUCAUCAUUUUUUAUGUGUUGACAUGUCUUUACUUUUUAGAUAUUUAUGAUCCCUCAUUUCAAUGCCUCGCACCUGUGGCGUCUCCCACUCCCUCAAGUCCAGGUAAGAGAUGAGGACUGAAAACCUAUAAAACAUUAUGUGAACACAGACAUUGGAACAAGCCCCAAGCCAAGGGAAGACUUUGAUCUACAGUAGCCUAGUCCCCAAAGAAAUUAUAGCUGGACCAAUGUGAAUUUGAAACAUAAGAUAUCAUUGAGCAAACAAAGUGGCAAUACAAGGCUAUUGAGUAAAGUCCAUGAACGUUCAGUGAUUGAUCAUUUUGGGAAUGGGCCAGCUGAGUUUACUCCUUCACUAAACAAUGUCACUGAGCAAACAAUGUUUGAGGAUACAACUUAACAAAUUCAUCCGGGGUGGCAGGUAGCUUAGUGGUUAAGAGCGUUGUGCCAGUAACCGAAAGGUUGCUUGUUCUAAUCCCCGAGCCGACUAGGUGAAAAAUCUGUCGAUGUGCCCUUGAGCAAGGCACUUAACCCUAAUUGCUCUGGAUAAGAGCAUCUGCUAAAUUACUAAAAUGUCUGUAUAUGUUCCCCACACCCAUGUAAUUGUAUAGUAUUGGGUUCCAUAGAAUUAAGAUGGAACGCGUAAGACAUAGUGGUACAAGGGUUUACACGUACUGUAUGUGGAUCCUGUAUGAGUUAUAGCUCUGUUUGAUUAGUUGGUUGGACUACUAUGAUGCUAGACCCACUAGUGGGUUUGAUUGCCACAUGUCCCAAAUAUAUUGAAUGUCUUCAUUUUUAUUUGUUGUGAGCAUCUGCUUAAUGACCAUUUCUGCAUAUUAAUUUACUUUCAGACACGAAGAGAUCUCACAGUCACCCUCAUCAGGUCAAAAAACACAGUCAGUAGUAUUUCUCAUCUUCAAUACUAUCGUUCCAUAUCUUUUAAUGUAAAUGCUCAAUCGGAUGAUGGCUACAUGCUGAACGUUUUGCCUAUGCUAUAACUGAUGUGCAGUAGAUGGUUCUAAUGUCCACCACCUAUGUGUUUCUCCUCAGACCCCCGGAGGACCCACCUGUGGGAGUUCAUUAGGGACAUUCUGCUGAACCCGGAGCGGAACCCAGGCCUGCUCAAGUGGGAGGACCGGACAGAUGGCGUGUUCCGUUUCCUGAAGUCAGAGGCUGUGGCUCAGCUGUGGGGCAAGAAGAAGAAGAACAGCAACAUGACCUACGAGAAGCUCAGCCGAGCUAUGAGGUAAAGACUGAAGGGAUUAGGGGGUUUUGAUGUUUAUUUCCUGAUUCACAUCUUAAGGAGGCAGUCAUUUUGGCUGUUACAUUAACCUCCCUGUCCAUACCAUUCCAGAUAUUACUACAAACGGGAAAUCCUGGAACACGUGGAUGGACGAAGGCUGGUUUACAAGUUUGGAAGAAAUGCAAAAGGAUGGAGUGAGUCAGAGAAGUGA